UCAUCAUCAUCAUCAUCAUCAGUAUCAUCAGUAUCAUCAUCAUCAUCAUCAUCAGUAUCAUCAUCAUCAGUAUCAUCAUCAUCAGUAUCAUCAUCAGUAUCAUCAUCAUCAUCAUCAUCAGUAUCAUCAUCAUCAUCAUCAUCAUCAUCAUCAUCAUCAGUAUCAUCAUCAUCAUCAUCAUCAUCAUCAUCAUCAUCAUCAGUAUCAUCAUCAUCAUCAUCAUCAUCAUCAUCAUCAUCAGUAUCAUCAUCAUCAUCAUCAUCAUCAGCAAUGUUAAUAUCAAUCUCAUCACCAUUUCCCCUUGUAACACACACAGUUCUGGCGACGCCUUGGGUGUUAGCUGCCAUUGGCAGUGGCGACAGCGGCGACGACAGUACAAGGGCAGCAGGACCGGUACCAGGUCUGGUGUCGGCGGCGGCGGCGACGGCGGCGGCGGUACCUCAGCCUAUUAUUCCGUCCCCGCCGCCGCCGCAGACGUCGCUGAUCCUCCCGCCCGCCACUAGCCGCUUCCGCCACACAGUCCAGCAACUACUGUUGUUCUUUGCCAACACUUACAAGCGCGUCUUUCAUUUCGAACACCCUCCCUUGCACGACCCCGUUGCGGUUGCAUAUGUUGCGCGACCCGAGCUCUUCGAGUGUCGCCGCAUGCGCGUCGACGUGGAGACGUGCUCGUCCCUGUCGUACGGCCAGACCGUGUGCGACGUGUGGGGCCAGUCCUCCAAGCCGCCCAACGUCAACGUUGCACUCCGAGUGGAUGUGGCGGGGUUUUGGGAGCUGAUGCUGGCGGCGGUGGCGCGCGCUGACGCCAUAUCACCGCUGAACGAGGCAGGCAGCACCAGCAUCUGUAUCGCCGCCGCUGCCGAUGCUGCCGUCGCAGCGGCGACGGCAGUGGAUCCAGAACAGGUGGAGCAGCAGCAGCAGCAGCAGCAGCCAGAUCAGGCGCGCCACAAACAACAGGCACCCGAAUGUUCCUCGCAGGUUUCGAUUUGGGGAUGUGCGGAAGAGUCGCCAAUUGCUGGCCUGGACGAGUGCUCGCUUGGGCGUGGGGCCUAG